AUGAUAGUUGCUAAUUAAUUGUUGCUUUCUUUUUCUUUUUCUUUUUCUCUUUUACAAGUGAAUAAUAAUAAUAAUAAUAAUAAUAAUAAUUUCUUGAGCUACAUAAUUGCAGUUCUUAGAUAUAAAGCUUUUUUCUUUUCUUUUCUUUUAAAUUUAAAUUUGUUGUUUAAUUGGGUCGUUUCGAUACCGGUCAAGAAAAUACAAGCUGGAUUGAACGCGCAAACCUCGAAACGAAUAACGCCCUAACCUGCGUUGAAUUAGUUUAAAGGUCAGGAACCCAGCAAAAGGCUAACUAAAUCUGGCGCCAAAUGCUCUCUUUUUUCUUUGGAUUCACAACCCAACGGCCAUAACAGAAAAACAGUGUCACUUACAAUAAACUAACAACAGCAUGCCAUCACUAAUUUUUGAAGAAACGUAAAAACAAAAGUACAACCGCUACAGCUAUUUUUGCAGCUGAAUCGUAUAUAAAGAACAUCAUUUCAUCAGUCCAUAUUUAUUCCACAAGACCCACUUUUUCUCUUUCGAAGUUCUUCAAGAACCGAAUUAAGAAUUUUGCUUUCUUUCACAAAAGAAAAAGGGUGGUAGAUGGCGGAGUCAAGCGAGAAGUUUAGACCAGUUGCAUCCAAAGAUUUUCAAUAUAAAAGGAUACAGUAUCAUCUUGAGGAAUCUACUUAUCUCGGCCCAGGCAAAGUUACCGAGUUAGAAUGGAAAGAUUAUUGUCCUGAAAUUUUCAGACACAUACAACAGCAUGACAAGAUAAAUCAUGCUGAUUACACCAUGUUGCUGUGUGCAAAGGACAUCUUAAAGGAGGUCUCUUCACCGGGAAAACCGGGUCGGGUGAUUAUUUUGCCAACCAAUAAUAAAUUUGUGAUAAAAACCCUGCGAAAAUCUGAAAUGAAGGUUAUCCUAAAUACUCUUCAAAAGUACCAUCGCCAUCUGAUGAGGAAUCAAUCCACACUAUUGCUCAGAUUGUAUGGACUUCAUUCUGUUAAACAGUUCGGAGGUCUAAAGGUUUACUUCAUUGUUUUUGGCAAUCCAAUUCUGCUUGAUAUGAACAUCUAUUGCGUUUAUCAUCUCAAAGGCUCGUCAAGAGGACGAAAGGUUCAAAAAAUGAGAGUCGAUGAGUAUACCAUACACAAGGAUUCAGAUUUUGAUUAUUGUUUUUACCUAAAUCCAUUGGUUAGAGAAAAACUCUUAGAGCAAAUCAAGAUUGAUUGUGAUUACUUAGAGGAAGAGGGCAUAAUGGAAUACAGUCUUCUGAUAGGUUUAGCUAUGCAAACUUCGUAUACAGGUACAAUUGAUAGCAGAAGUCUUUACAGCAAGAACACAGACUCCACUACAUCUUCUUCUCCCACAGCUUCAAUUGAUAGCGAAACUAUCUCCAGUCAUUCUUCACAGGAGUUUGAGGAUACUCAAUUGAGUUUUGCUGAUGCUUGCCAAGAGCCUGAUAGUAACAUAUACAAAUUCGGCAGAGGGUUGCCAGCACGUGCAGUCCGAGCAAAUACGACAGAAGUAGGAGAACAAGAACCGGAGAGCUUCAAUGUGAUGUUAUAUUUCGGAAUAGUCGAUUUCUAUCAGAAGUUCAAUGUGGCCAAGCGCAUUGAGCACAUUUACAAGUCAAUACAAUACGAUUCAAAGUCGAUCUCUGCUGUAAAGCCACAAGAAUAUUCAUCUCGCUUCCGAUAUUUCCUUGAACAAACCUUUCUAGCAGAAGACUCUGUGGAUUUUGGAAUUUGCAACUGGUACGUACGUCCUCUGUUCUCGAUUUUUCAUAUCACCAACUAUUACGCAUUCUUAUUUCUUCCAUAAAUUACGUAAUUUUGCAAUUUGUGUUUUUUUUUUUUUUUUCUUUUCCCCCCUGACAGGAAGACUGAUCUACCCUGCCAAAAUCUGUGAUGGUCUAAUUCUGUAUUUGGAAUAGAGUGGAUUAUGGUCACUUAUGGAUAUCCUUUUGGGUCUUAUAAUGUAA